AUGAAUACUAAAGUAGAAAUCAGUGCACAGGUAACUUCUCAAGGUCUGUCUUUAGGGUUUUUAAACUCUGUCUUGAUCAGUCAAAGUCGAGAAAUCGAAGAGUAUCUCGUAGACGAGAGUGACGAUGGUAACAUCACGAGUCUUGGUUCUUACAACGAUUCUUCUUUUCGUGCCCAACUAUCUCUUCUCCAGUUCAAAGACUUUGGACCAACCACAGUUCAUCAACAAAUCAAGACCCGCUUCAACGACCCUGUCUUGUCCCGACUUAUCACCAAUCGGAUUGUUCUCGAAUCUCAACGGAAAGAUUUGCCACAGGGAGCCUUGUUGAUCACGGUAUUCGUCAAAUUUACAAAGAAAGAGUACAUCACCGUGCCUUGUAAUUCUGCUCCUUGGACAGAGAAAGUAGAAGGAUCUUGUGCGGUUUGUCUAGAGGAGAUGUCUGAACAAGAAGUCCUAUGCCAACCGCCUGGAUGUGUGCACAUGUUUCAUGAAGAUUGCUUAACCCAUUGGUUGGAUCAACAUGACUCUUGUCCUCUCUGUCGCCAAUCCACAAACCCUUUAACCAACAAACAGAGUGAAGCUUUGGAGAAGUUAACAGAGGCUUAA